ACCAGUAAGCCUCCCCCUAUCAAAACCUCUCUCUCUUUCUCUCUCUUUCUAUGGCUACCCCACCCUGAUCUUUUUGAGUGGAACCUUAGACACAAGCAGCCUCUAGCUAGAGAAGAAAAGGCUAUAGAGAACCAUUCCUCUCUUUCUUUUCUCUCAAUUUUUUUUUUUUUUUUUGGCACUAUAAGCCCUUUGAAACCCUAAUCCACCUUAACCCCAUAAUAGUAAAAAACCAAAACCAAAACCAAAGGGCUUUCAUUUGUGUAGCUCUUCUUCAACCAUCAAUUUCAUGAUCCGUGGGUUGUUUAUUAUUCUCUCUUCUUUACACAUACCCCUGUUGCUCAAAGACAAAGCAAAAGCACGCAAAGCCACUGUCUGAGUUUCCAGAUCAGAGCCUUUAAGACAUGGGUACUUUCUGAAAGCUCUUCUUCCAGAAAGAUCUCUCUCUUAUCUGAUAUCUCUCUCUCUCUCUCUCUCUCUGGGUCUUUAUGAUAUUAUUACCUCAUGCUUUGUUUUGUAGCUUCCUCUUAAAUGGGUUUGUGUAUAUAAGUAAGUGAGUAAGCAAAUCUCUCUGCAGCUCUAGCUCUCUCCAUAUCUCUGUCUCUCAAACUUACGUCUUUCCCUUUGUGUUGUGGUUUUGUUGGCUCUAUCUCUUUGUUGUUGUCUUUUUCUCUCUGUCAUGGAUUCUGGUAAUAGUGGCAGUAUGCAAUCUUCAAGUGGCGGUGAUGAAGAGUAUGAUUCACGCGCCGAAUCGAUCUCGGCCUUCUUGAACCCGCCUGGCCAUGUUGGUUCAUUGUCUAACCAAGCUCAUCCACAUCAACAGCCACACCACCAAACCCACACGAUGUUUGAUCCUCUAUCAAACUACUUCGACCCUUCAUCAUCAACAGCACGGUCAGUUCAAAACCCACUCUCAAACCCAAAUUCCCUGCUGAAUUUCGAUAUGGUGUGGUCCAAAACACCAAGAUCUGACCCAAAUCCCACCGAUCUUGGCGGCUUAAUAACUCCCUCAUCCUCAGCUUCUAGCCAGCCAUUCUUGACCAACCAAUUAGGUGGACAACAAACCAGAGCCCCUACUUUUCACAACAUUCAGAUCCCUCCCCAAGCUGAUCAGCAACAAAAUGCUUCGCGUGCUUCACUUUCCUCCACUUCAGCAAACGAUCAAGCACAGCCCAGCAACAACAACAUGGUUCGGAACCCAAAAAAGAGGUCCAGAGCCUCAAGGCGUGCACCCACUACUGUUCUGACCACAGACACCACAAAUUUCCGAGCCAUGGUUCAGGAAUUUACUGGGAUUCCCGCACCACCCUUCACUUCCUCACCGUUCCCAAGAAGCCGCCUUGAUCUCUUUGGCACAUCUUCUUCUUUGAGAUCAUCAGGGCCAACAGGUUUAGACCCUUCACCCCCUCCAUAUCUUUUAAGACCUUUUGCUCAAAAAGUUCAGCCUCUCCCAUUUGUUUCUUCCACUUCUUCUACUACUUCAAUGAUUGAUGCUUUAGGUUCUAAUCCCACUACUAAUGCUCCUAAUUCAACUUACCAACACCAUAAUCUUCUCAACAUGAACAUGCAAAGCCCAAUUCUCAACUUCCAAUCCCUCCUUCAAGCCCAACCUAAAUUCUCACUUUCCAAUUCACCCAACAUACACAAUCUUGGCUCUAAACCUCAGGGUGGCUCUAUGGAAAUUCCAUCCAAUGAUCACUCACAUCUUAAGAUGGGCACUAGUGUUUUAGAAGAAUUUGGGUUGACACAACAACAACAUCCACAUCAUCAUCAGCAACAGCAACAGCAGCAGCACCACCACCACCAUGUUAGUACACAACUCAUGAGUGGGCUUCCAAACAUAGUUUCUUCGGAUGGAACAACAUUGUCUCGGACCGACAACAACAACAACAGCAACAACAAUAAUCCUCCUCCAACCAACUGGACCAACGACACGGGACUCAAUGGAAGUUAUAGUAAUUCAGAGAGGGUUACUAAUAAUGGAAAGUUGAAUUACUCGGCUGCUGCUUCUGCUUCUUCGUCAGAUUUUCAUCAUGGCGAUAAAGGGUCAGAGAAUGUAGCUACAAGAAGUGAAGGUAUGGUGGAAUCAUGGAUUUGUUCAUCAGAUUAGGCAUAACCAAAAUAUAUAUAUAUAUAUCACCAAAAAAAGAAAGAAUGAGGUAGCGGUAUAAAGAUAUAUGGCUUGGAAGAAAAUGUUGGUGUUGUCCAUCUUAUAAACCAUGACCACCAACAAAAUCAAAACACCUUUUUUGGUUUUUUUUUUUUUCUUGUUAACUUUCCUCUUAAUUAUAUGUAAAUAAUAGCCUCUUCUUUUGAUUCUCUUUCUUUCUUUUCUUUUUUUUGGUCAUUUUCAUACAUUCAUAUACGAACGAAAGACCAUGGUCUGUUUUCUGUGUUUAUUAUUCUCUUUACUUCAAUAGUAAAAUGCUGUUUAUUUUUGCCUUA